UAAGAGUUAGCUAGAAACAAAAACUUCCAUUAAAAUGGCAAAAUCUAUUGCAGCUGCUUUACUUUCCAUUUUCCUCUCUUUGAACCUUCUCUUUUUCACUUGGGUUAGCUCCGCCUCCACUUCACCCUUCCCUUCGUCUUCUCAAGGCGAGUGCCCUAAAGGCGCACUGGAAUUGGGAGUGUGUGCUGAUCUGUUGAAGGAUUUGCUCCACCUUGUUGUUGGAAGUCCGGCCACCAUCCCUUGCUGCUCUCUCAUUAACGGACUUGUCGACCUCGAAGCCGCCGUCUGCCUUUGCACCGUCGUUAAAUCCAACAUCAUCGGAAUCAACUAUAACAUUGCUGUCUCCCUCAACCUGUUGAUCAAUAACUGCGGAAAGAGUGUCCCUAUUGGAUACCAAUGCAAAUAAGCCCAGGUUUAUAUCUAAUCUUAUACAUAUUGAUUAAUCAAUUAUACUUUAUGUUUAUAUGUUUUCUCUAAAAUAAAAUAAGUGUUGUUAGUUUUCAGAUUCCUAGCUCUAUAGGCUAGGUUUUCUGAAGAUAUUAUUACAACAUGUUACUGUAUUAAGUUUAUGUUCGUUCGUUACUCUCAUUGAUUUCGCAAGUGGCUUAUCAAUGAAGAAAUACUACUCUAUGUAUUUGCAAUUAAAUAAGAUUUUAUGAAUGUUUAC